UGUAGACCCAGCCCGCGCCAGUCGUCCAACGCGUCUGCACCGGAGAACAACGGAAAGCGAAUAACCAAGGAGUAUUACGAAGAUCAUAAUAUUAAUUAUAAUUAAAAUGGAUAGCCGCUUUAAAACUAUGAUUAUUUGGCUGGCGCUUCUGCACACCACCCUAGCCAUGACCAAUGAUCAGCUGCUCUCACUGGAAUCCGUAGAUCAGUCGCCCGCAGGAUCGGAGCAGCUGCCAUUCGAGUCGCCGCACAUCGCAAAAAUAGCACCCAAGACCGCCGCAGAAGAGGAGGAAGCUGGAGGUGGAGAGGGAGAACGAGUCGUCGAUAUACAGACUUUUGUGCAGGAACUAAGGAGUGCCGGUGUACAGACGGCUGAACGGAGAGAUCUGGAAACGCUCGGCUACCGGGAACUAACACGUCUAUUGGGCCUCUUGCAUCUGACCCAAGAACGCAGUUACUAUACGGCAGGGGAGCGAAGCAGAGCAGCUAAGGCCGAUAAGGCCGAACAAUAGCCACACACACACACUCAUACGCCCUAUGUAGAGACCGGACAACAACAACAACAACAGUAAUGGCACUUAAUGAAUCGGCCAAAUAUAUUUGAUAAGAGGGCGAUGGCGGAUCAACGCCAUUAACAUUUCUGGGGGGCGGUAACCCUUUGAAUGCGUCAUACCCAGAUAUUUGGAACCUGCAAAUGAGACUCUUGCAGAUCUAUUUUCGUUUCAUCUUCCACUAUGUCUGCACGCAUACAUAAAUAUAUACAUAUGUGUGUGUAUCUAUAUAAUCUGUGCGUGUGUGCAUAUAAAUAUCUUAUCUUUAGCAGCGCCAGAUAGUUCCUACAUUAAUGUUAUGCCAAUUAAAGACAUAAAAGCUGUUGCGAAACCUACAACAUGACUGGGCAAGUAAAGUAAGUUCGAAUAAUAUCGUGUUUUUUUCCAUUAGUUGCUUCCUGAGAAUGUUUAUAUAUCGUAUUGGAAUUGACGUAUAAAUUUCCAUAAUUGUAUGUCUGGCGUGAUAUACUUGUACUAGUGUUUUUAAUGGACUUUAUGUAAAUUGUUUAAUUAACAAUUCAAAUACUCUA